UCUUCGUCACUCCUCCAUCCGGCCAGCCAGCCUGUCGGAGCUCAACUCGGAGCUCCUCCGUGUGACGAGCAGCGGACAGAAAGAGGAUUUCCAGCACACUCUUAAACAUUUUUUGGGCGGGAGGAGAGGAAGGCUUCUUCUUUUCCUUCCAGCUCGUGCGCACUGGAGUUGUUUCUUUUCUUUUUUUCUUUUUUUUUUUUUAAUACAGAGAAGACGCGAAAUGACGCAGGAGAGGAGAGGAAUGCAUGUCUCACUAUAGUCUCCCGCUCGGACCAACGCCAAAUGGACGCAGCUCCGGACGCCUCGCCCCCUCACCAGCCGCGAUGGAGGCCCGCCAAGUGACCUUUACCACGCCGUGAACGAGGACACCGGUAACCUUUUCUCGGUUAUCUGCGGAGGAGCCGCUGAUCCGAGAGCCUAUCUGGUGUCAAACGCAAAAACAACACAUUUAAAAAUAAAAAAAAAAGUCCAAAUCGGGAAGGAUGUGGAGGAGGUCCGAGGAGAUGCCGACGGAUGUGUGGAUGUCCUUGCUGCUGGUGUGGAUUACUUCCCUUCCCUGCGUGUCCGUCACCCCCGUCGGAGGGCCGGCGCAGGCGAGCGUUCCCGGCGAAGGACAGCGACUGCUGAGCCGCGCCAAGAGAGGAUGGGUUUGGAACCAAAUGUUUGUGCUGGAGGAAUUUUCUGGACCCGAUCCAAUCCUGGUUGGCAGGCUGCACACAGACUUGGACGUAGGCGGCAAGAGCAUCAAGUACGUGCUCGCCGGCGAGGGGGCCGGCACCAUCUUCGCCAUCAAUGAGCUAACGGGCGACAUCCACGCCAUGAAGAGGCUGGACCGCGAGGAGAAGGCCGAGUACACGCUCACGGCGCAGGUCAUUAACGCCGACACCGACGAGCCGCUGGAGCCGCCGUCCGAGUUCAUCAUCAAAGUCCAGGACAUCAACGACAAUCCGCCGCAGUUCAUCGAAGGCCCUUACAGAGCUUCCGUGGCCGAGAUGUCCGCAGUCGGUACCCCGGUGACACGAGUGACCGCCACAGACGCCGACGACCCGGUCUACGGAAACAGCGCCAAACUGGUCUACAGCAUCCUGGAGGGACAGCCUUAUUUCUCCGUGGACCCCAACUCAGCCACCAUCAAAAUUGCACUCCACGGUAUGGACCGAGAGAUGCGCGAGGAGUACCUGGUGGUCAUCCAGGCGAAGGACAUGGGAGGUCACAUGGGCGGCCUGUCGGGGACCACCACGGUCACCGUCACGCUCACCGACAUCAACGACAACCCGCCCAAGUUCUCCAAAAGUUUGUACGACUUUGUCAUCUCGGAAGACCUGCCCCUUGGGAAGAUGGGCGGCAAGGUGAAGGCCAACGACCGGGACAUCGGCGAGAACGCCCGCUCCACAUACAGCAUCAUCGAGGGCGACGAACAGGGCGUGUUUGAGAUCAUCACCGACGCGCAGACUCAGGAGGGGAUUUUGCGACUCAGAAAGGUGUUAGACUUUGAAAGCAGGAGGACCUACACGCUCAAAGUGGAGGCCACCAACGUGCACUCGGAGCCCGGCGGCGGGCCCUUCAAGGACACGGCCACCGUCAAGAUCACCGUGGAGGAUGCCGACGAGCCGCCGGUCUUCACCAAACCGGUUUACAUGCUGGAGGUCAACGAGAACGCGCCCAUCAACACGGUCAUCGGCACGGUCAGCGCCAGGGACCCGGACGCCAGCGGCAGCCAAGUCAGGUACUUCAUCGACCGGCACACGGACCUGGAGAGGCAGUUCAACAUCAACGUGGACGACGGGAAGAUCACGCUGGCCAAGCCGUUGGACCGGGAGACGGACAUGUGGCACAACAUCACGGUCACCGCCACGGAAGUCCGAAACCACAGUCAGAUAUCCAGGGCGGUGGUGGCCAUCAGGGUCAUGGAUAUAAACGACAACGCCCCCGAGUUCGCCACGGAGUAUGAAGCCUUUUUGUGUGAAAAUGGAAAACCCGGACAGGUGAUCCAGACCGUCAGCGCCGUGGACAGAGACGACCCCAUCCAGGGACAUUACUUCGAGUACCGUCUGGUGCCUGAGAUGCUCAACAAUCCCAACUUCACCAUUAAGAACAACCAAGACAAUUCCAUCAGCGUCCUGGCCAAGCACGACACCUUCCGCCGGCAAAAGCAGGAGAUGUACUUCCUGCCCAUCAUCGUGACGGACAACGGCAAUCCGCCCAUGAGCAGCACCAACACCUUGACCAUCCGCGUGUGCGGCUGCAGCAAGGACGGCAUCGUGCAGUCCUGCAACGUGGAGGCGUACGUGCUGCCCAUCGGUCUCAGCAUGGGUGCCCUCAUCGCCAUCCUGGCCUGCAUCGUCCUGCUCUUAGUAAUAGUGGUGCUCUUCGUGACGCUGCGGCGACACAAGAACGAGCCGCUCAUCAUCAAGGACGACGAGGACGUGCGCGAGAACAUCAUCCGCUACGACGACGAGGGCGGCGGCGAGGAGGACACGGAGGCCUUCGACAUCGCCACGCUGCAGAACCCGGACGGCAUCAACGGCUACCUGCCUCGCAAGGACAUCAAGCCCGACCUGCAGUUCAUGCCGCGCGCCGGCCAGCACUCGGGCCCCAACGGCGUGGACGUGGACGAGUUCAUCAACGUGCGCCUCCACGAGGCCGACAACGACCCCACGGCGCCGCCGUACGACUCCAUCCAGAUCUACGGCUACGAGGGCCGGGGGUCCGUCGCCGGCUCGCUCAGCUCGCUGGAGACGGCGUCGUCCGACUCGGACCAGAACUAUGACUAUCUCAGGGAGUGGGGGCCGCGCUUCAGGAGACUUGGGGAGCUCUACUCGGUGGGCGAGAGCGACCGCGAGACCUGACCUCUGGCCUGCUAGACCACCACCCCCCCAAAAAGACUUUUUUUUCCUCUUGUCUGUGUAUUAAACGCUAGGGGCUUUUAGAAAAAAGAGGCCACUUUUUCUAUUCUUCCUAUAGAGUGAGGUCUAGCAGUCGUCAUCCACUACGCAUCGUACUUGUCCAGCUGAUCUUUACUAGGAGAUUCUUGUGGAGUGUAACUUAGAUUCCGUGGUGGAGUGUCUAGCAGUAUUUUGGGUGUUAGUCAUUGGCCGUGACUUCCCGUAACACAGAGGACGGACUGACUGGGGGAAGCGGGGGGAAACGCGGGACGACAAAGCAAUACUCGGUCUACAUUACUACGAUGAAUGUAUGCGAGGGUGUGAGCGGUGUUGGCUUUGACGGUGAACUUUGUUCUUUCAUAUGUUCUUUGGCGGCCACAUUUAUAAACUUCUCUAGAAGCCCGCAAAAAAAGGCUCGCUUUAUACGACAACUCUUUGUAUUUACACGCUACAGGCGGCGCUGCGCUCGCCUAUGAAAGAUAACGUGAGGAUCAACACAGAAAAAAAAAGUAACCAUGAGAGAAAUGUAGAAACUCUGAGGCCUUCUUUUUACAGAAGCAAGUUCAAUACAAUUGUAAUCGAAUGCUUUUUUUGUUGUUCAUUCUUGUUUUUUGGAUAUCUUCUCUGAAAUACUGCAUUGACCCGAAUAUAAGACGAUAUUUUUUUUUCCACGAAAGAUAUGUCUUCAAAAGAUGGAAGAUUUCUACAUGCAAUCCAACAGGUGGCGCCAAACGACUUCUCCCCAGAGAUUUUCUUCCUGUCACUCACACUCACACACGCAGACAUCAGUGAUCCGGUGUCUCAAAGGUUGUUAGCAAGGGGUCGUCUUAUAUUCGACGCCUAUUUGUAUGUGCAAAGCAACAGGUGGUGCCACACGACUUCUCACCGAGUGAGUCAGAGCAUUUCUUCCUGUCACUCACGACGAGUUGUGACGCUUGAGUCAUGACAUAAAGAGGGGUUGUCUUAUAUUUAGGGUCUAAAGGUUUGUAUGUGCAAAUCAACAAGUUCUCAUUCAGGGCUUUUCUUCCGGUCCUUCACACACACCAACGACUUGGCGUCACAGAGCACAGAGACCCGGUGUCUCAAAGGUUGUUAGCAAUGGGUCGUCUUAUAUUUGGGGUCUCAACGUUUGUACAUGCAAACCGACAAGUGGUGCCAUAUGACUUCUCAUUCAGAGCUAUUCUUCCUGUCACUCACACACAUGACUGACCUGACAACACACAGACACAGACCCUGUGUCUCAAAGGUUGUUUGCACGUUAGCAAAGAGGAGGCAUCAUAUGAAGCUGAUUUUAAGGUCAGGGUGAUGAAUGAGGAAGAGUCAUACAUAAAAUAUUAAUUAAAAUAAGAAUAUACAGUUUUGCCUUUGAAAUUUGGUUCUUGAAAAAGAGAGCUGGUCUUAUAUUCGGGUCAAUGUGGUGCAUUGCCUUUCUGUGCUGACAAUUCCAAGUGAGUGUUUCUCCACAAAUGUUCUUUUCCCUUUACGUCGUCACAACAGCGCCACUUCAUCGCAGCUCAAAGCGUAGAUUAGACAAACGAUCAGACCUUUUCUGCUACUUGCUAAUCCCGUGUAAAAUCUCUCAUUGACAAUUUGUCAUCCAAUUGCAUCGUUCGCCCUAAAAAAAGGGCGCAGAUCCAGCCCAUAUUGUGCGUACACUGUAUGAUAUGAAUUUAAAUAAAAAACAAUGGCUUGUGCUGUACAUAGCUAACGUCAUUAGCUUCCAAUGAGGUGGUAGGUUUUGUCUCUGCACGUUAGCUCUUUGCACAGAACUCCGGCAACGGCACUACACGACAGAAACACCAGAACACAGUCGACUCAACCACGUCUAUGGAAUAAUCCAUUCUACCUGUCACCUUUUUUCUACUGUGCUUUACUGCUUAUCAAUGUGUAUGUUCAAUUAUUUACUCCCUGUACUGUAAUGGCAGAUUACCCUGUAUUGUUUCCUACUUUGUCAAAUAUAUUUUUAUAAAUAGCG